UGUCCCUCUCUCUCUCUCUCUCUCUCUCUCUCUCUCUCUAGCUUUUGUAUUUGUUUGCGCCUUCAAUAAGGUAUACUGCUACUAUGGAAGAAAUGUACGGGUUGCAGUCCAGGGCGGAGUAUUCGGAUAAGGCGUUGAUGUCGCCGGAGAAUCUGAUUUUUCCGCCGGAUUAUCAGAGUCUUUUAGUGAGCUCUGGAGCGUUUCGUGAUCGGAUUCCGGUGUUUGGAUCCAACGAUUUGCUUUCGGCGGCGGCGUCCGCGAUUUCGGAAGCUGAAGCAGUAUCGAUCACGCCGGAAAUUCAAGGUGAAGAAGAUAUGGUGAACGUGAUCAAAGCGAAAAUUUCUUCUCAUCCUACUUAUCCUCGUUUACUCGACGCCUAUAUUGACUGCCAAAAGGUAGGGGCGCCUCCAGAGAUUGCACAUUUGUUAGAGGGAAUCCGUCAAGAAACCGACCUUUGUAACCGUCACGCUGUCACCACGUGCUUAGGCGCAGAUCCUGAGCUUGAUGAAUUCAUGGAAACGUACUGCGAUAUGUUGGUGAAGUAUAAAUCAGAUCUCAAAAGGCCUUUCGACGAAGCAACUACAUUCUUGAACAAGAUCGAACUGCAACUUAGUAGCCUCUGCACUGGCGCCUUCUCCAGAAGCCAUUCCGAUGAAGGAGCUGUCUCGUCGGAUGAAGAGUUGAGCGGAGGAGAGAUGGAAGUUGUGGAGCCGGAAACUCAAACCAAAGGCGAGAACAGGGAUCUCAAGGACAAGCUUUUACGUCGAUUUGGCAGUCAUAUUAGUAGCUUAAAAUUGGAGUUCUCAAAGAAGAAGAAAAAAGGAAAAUUACCAAAAGAAGCCAGGCAGACACUCCUUGAAUGGUGGAACGUUCACUAUAGAUGGCCAUAUCCUACGGAAGCCGAUAAGGUUGCACUGGCAGAGAGAACAGGGCUCGACCAGAAGCAAAUUAACAAUUGGUUCAUAAAUCAGCGGAAACGCCACUGGAAGCCAUCAGACAAUAUGCAGUUUGAGGGAAUGGAUGGGCUUUCUUCUGGUAGAUUAUUCAGAGAGGACUGAAACACUUUAAUAAUAAUCUCAAGAUGUAUAUUCCCAAUGUUGUUUCUUCUAAUAUCAGCUUUUGUUUGCUUUCUCGUCAUGUAUAUCCGGAAAUAUAUAUAUAUAUAUAUUUAUAUAUAUUUAUUUAAUUGCUGAAGAAUUUGGACACUUAAAUUA